GCUCCAUUUAGUGGCUAAUAUCCCUCUUUUAUAAUCGUCUGCCCGGUCAGCCGGUGGGAAAAAGAGUUCUGGAUCUGACCACCGAUACAUCCGAGUUCUUAUCUGUGCAUUUCGACACGCGACUCUACCGAAUCAUGACAGAAAAGCUGCUCAAGAAAGAACUGAUCAUUAAGAACAACAAAAACACAUCUUCGAAUUGAUUGCCCUAAUUGGCUGUUUGAGUUUGAUCUCCCCGAUAAAUAAAUAAACAAGUGCUUUCACAGUGAAAAGGGUCACUUCGCCCCGUUCUUUACCAUGGGAAAGCCGGGUUCCAGUAGCCCUAUCAGACCCGAAGCCAAAGAUCAGCUGUUGGCCAAAGAAUCAGAAGAUGUCGUCCAGCCGCUGAACUCGAAUUGUUCCGAAGGGAACAGAAGCAGGGCAUUCCAGCCCCCCGAUGGAGGAUGGGGGUGGGUGGUGUGCAUGGCGUCAUUCUGGACCAAUGGAACUAUUUUUGGAGUAAUGAACUGUUUCGGAGUCCUUUACGUAAAACUCAAGGAAAAGUUCGAAGAAUCUCACGAGGAAGCUGCAUUCGUAACAUCAUGGGUUGGAUCCGUGUCCAUCGGUAUGACAUUCCUUCUGUCGCCAGUGGCCAGCAUCCUCACAGACAAGCUGGGAAUAAGGACGACAGCCUUCAUAGGUGGCCUUAUGGCCACAGCGGGCAUGUUGAUCAGUUCCUUCGUGCCAUCCUUGGAGCUGCUGUAUCUCACGUAUGGGGUUCUGCUCGGUUCUGGAGCUUCUCUGGCGUACACGCCUUCCCUGGUGGUACUAGGACACUAUUUCCAUCGCAGACUAGGAUUCGUCAACGGUCUAGUCACAGCUGGUAGCUCCGUGUUCACAAUGGUGAUGCCGCUUUUGCUGACUUACCUUUUGGAUACGAUUGAGCUAUCUGCAACUUUACAGAUACUCUCCCUUGUUAUGGGUUCCUUGAUGGUUUGUGCUUUAACGUUCCGCCCACUUAAUGUACAGCACCAAAGAAUCACAGAGAAAGAUGCACACAACUCCGACGAAAGCUUGGAAAGCGAAGCAAGUUGCUGUGGAAAGUGCCUAGUUACCUCAAUAUGGAAAAACAAAAAAUAUUUAUUAUGGGUUUUCGCCAUUCCAACAGCUUUGUUUGGAUAUUUUGUGCCUUAUGUUCAUUUAGUGGCACACGUGAAGGACAUUCUUCCAGAAGCAAACGGAGAAAUUCUAGUCACUUGCAUCGGUUUGACUUCUGGAAUCGGCAGGAUAGUGUUCGGAAAACUAGCAGAUUUCCCGUCCGUUAAUAGAAUUAUGCUACAGCAGGCUGCCUUCUUGUCAAUAGGAAUUCUCACCAUGGUUCUCGUGUUCGCCCGUCAUUUCGCUUUCUUGGUGGUAGUGUGCCUUUUCCUGGGUCUCUUCGACGGUUGCUUCAUCUCUCUGCUGGGGCCCAUAGCUUUCGACGUCGUGGGGCAGAAAGGGGCCUCUCAAGCCAUAGGGUUUCUACUCGGCUUCUGCUCUAUACCUCUCACAGUUGGACCACCUGUUGCUGGUCUUUUGUACGAUCACAUGAAGAACUACAAUGUUGCCUUCCUUGCUGCCGGAGUUCCACCCAUUGUGGGCGCACUUCUUCUUUGCUUGAUUCACAGGUUACCAGAGCCAGAAGAAGACAUUCUUGACAACCAAGAAAAUACAAAAGCACCAGUCCCCAUUUCAUCAAAUGAUGUGAAACUGACAAUACCAGAAAAAUUGCCCUUAAAAGAUGGCGAUGAAUCGAAACUAAAUGGCAACUGGACAACUUAUGAUGAACAUUCUCGGUUACAAGAAGACACUUUGACAUGCACAGUAAAGCCUGCAACACCUAAUUUAUCACAAGUGUAACAAAAGGACAAUUUAAAAGCGUAUAAGUGAUAAAAUAGUUUCAGACAUAUGUGUCAUCGCUGAAGUGCAGAAAUCGGUUAUUCUGCAGAUUAUCCAGGUAAUGUUCAGAUUAACUAGGGACAUCCACGUAAAGUGCCGAAUAUCGAUUCAUUUCUCAAAUUACCUUGGUAAUCUGCCGGUUACCUUCGUCUGCACAUUACCUACUAGGCACUCGUUAAAGAGAAAAUAAGAUGUUUGCUGGAACAACAGCAAUGUUUCUGUAAAUUUAUUUUUUUAUAAUGUUAUUUAUUUAUUUUUCGAUUGCUAAACAGUCAAGAUAGUACAAUCAAACAAUAUAAUAAAAUACCUAUCAAUUAAAAAUAUAUGAUACUAAUAAUCAAGCGGAUAAAAUGUUAUUGAAGUUAAGAAAAUUAGCACCAUGUCAUUCAUUUCUUUUUCGAUGCUUAAAAGGAAUCAAACCAAGAUUCAAAUGCAGGUUCACCAACAAAUUCUCAAAACAAAAAAUUAAACGUUGCACAAGCUAC